UUCCUAACUACGCGACACGUUCUCUCGGGAACCGUUUCCUGCUGACGUUCUGUUUACUCUAUCAUUUUAAUGGAUUUGAUUUCUCAAACAGAAGUACUUAAGCAGCCUGUCUUAAUUAACCGCUAAUAAAAUAAUGGGGAUAUGUGCACGAUGCGCUCUACUUUGGUAAUACAUUGUAUUUGCGCACGAGCUCCGUUGCUGAUAGUGAGGACGUUACAAGAAAACAGUCUCGUGCUUUCCUAACGAUAUCACUUCUCUUUACCACUAGAGUUGCAUCAAACGGUGACAGGGUGGUGAAAUUUCAGGUUUGAGGGUUGUUUGUUGCUUCAAGAUGGCUGGGGGCAUCACAGAAUCAGGGGAGCCUUACUCACCAUUUGUUGGCCUGGUGUACAUGUUCAAUCUAAUUGUUGGCACUGGUGCCCUGACCAUGCCCAAGGCUUUUGCAGCAGCUGGCUGGGUAGUCAGCAUCUCCCUCAUCACAUUUUUGGCUUUUAUGAGUUUCAUGACCACCACAUUUGUGAUCGAAGCCAUGGCUGCUGCCAAUGCCCAACUACGCUGGAAGAGGCGAGAACAGGAAGAGAUUAAUGACAGCGACUCCAGCUCGGACUAUUCAGAUGAUGAGGUCACUAUCCGGGGACGUUCAGAACCUGUCGAGACGCGGCCCAUUCUCUCUGUCCAGCGUGCUUCGAAUAUAGACCACUUUGACAUUGUCGAGAGGGUCGAGAUGGGACAAAUGGCCUCCAUGUUUUUUAAUAAAGUUGGCGUCAACAUGUUCUACAUCUGCCUAAUCGUGUACCUGUACGGAGACCUGGCCAUUUAUGCUGCUGCUGUACCUGUGUCACUGAUGGAGGUCGCUUGUGGGAAUCACUCGUGCAGUGCUGGGAGUGUGAAAUACAACGAUACCGAGUCAUGCUGGGGCCCUGUAAGACGCAAAGACGCCUACAGAGUGUUUCUGGCUGUCUUCACACUGUUCUUGGGGCCCUUCACCUUUUUUAAUGCGCAGAAGACCAAAUACCUCCAGAUCGUCACCUCUGUAAUGAGAUGGAUUGCAUUCACCAUGAUGAUCAUCCUGGCUUUGAUUCGCAUUGGCAAGGGGCACAGUGAGGGCCGCCCAUCUGUGGCUCAGGUCUCGGGUGUGCCCAACCUCUUCGGGGUCUGUGUCUACUCAUUCAUGUGCCAGCACUCACUGCCCUCACUCGUGACGCCCAUCUCCAACAAGCAGCGCAUGAGCGCCCUGGUCAUGGCCGACUACAUCCUCAUCCUGUGCUUCUACGCCCUGCUGUCCCUCACAGCCAUAUUCUGCUUCGACAGCUCUCUCCUGCGUGACAUGUACACUUUGAACUUCACAGAUAACUGUGACGUUUUGGGCAUUCCAGUGUUGCGCUACUUCCUGGGCCUCUUUCCCGUCUUCACCAUUAGCACCAACUUUCCCAUAAUAGCCGUCACACUACGCAACAACUGGAAAACUCUCUUCCAUCGCGAUGGCGGCACGUACCCUUGGGUUGUGGACCGGAUCGUCUUCCCGCUCAUUACUCUAGUGCCGCCCAUUAUCGUGGCCUUCUGUACUCACGAUCUGGAGUCGCUUGUGGGUAUUACUGGAGCAUAUGCCGGAACGGGCAUUCAGUAUAUGAUCCCGGCCUUUCUGGUGUAUUUCAGUCGGCGCCAUCUAGAGCCCGUGUUGGGAAGGGAUGCUGUAAAUAAGCACCGGUCACCUUUCCAUCAUGCUUUCUGGGUUUGGUUUGUGAUAUUGUGGGCAACGUUCUGUUUAAUGUUUGUAACGGCUAAUAUUGUCCUUACAGAAACCAAGAACUGAGUAUAAAGCGGAUUUGUUUUGGCAAGCUGCGUUUUUGUUUUAAUUGGAAGGGUGUUUGUUAGGAUCUAUGUUAAAUGAAUGGCAUUAUCUGAAAUUUUAAUUCAGUUUCUGAAAGGGACCAACAGAAGUUUUGGCAUUUCUUCAGUAGGACUAACGUGAGACUUUUCUCUCACAAAUCCACAGUCCUUUAGCGGAUGAUCUAAAGUAAACGCUACUUCAGUUGGUCAGGUGAAUCUCAUGAAAACAUGCCUGGGUCAUGUUUCACCCCAAAAGCAAAAAUAAAUAAAUAAACAAUAAUACAAAUAUAUUUUAUUUUGCCUAAGGAAGAAAAAGUCUUAUGUUAUUUACAUGACUAUCAAGCACAUUUACACCAAAUUAUCUUCUGAAUAAUGAUUGUCAUUAUUGCAAUAUAGUAAAUAAAUACAGUACAACUACUACAAUACUAUAAUGCAGUGGUUAAUUUAUGACUUAAUUAAAAAUAACAGCAU